AUGUCAGGGAAAGAGAGCUCCCAUAGACAGAGCCGUCACAUUGAAGACCUUGCUUCUAGACCUGAGAUUCGGCUACCUGUGAGCUACGUGUACCACAUUCUACAAGAAGAGCGAUACUCUCCAUUCAUAGGUUCCUCCACAACACAUUUCCUCCUUAACGUGCUUGAUUACCUUACUGACUAUAUCCUGGAGCUGGUAGACUCCAAGGCUAGCAACAGCAGGAUGCAUGCCAACCUUCAACAUGGGAAGAAAGAAGGAGACCAAAACCGUGAUCCUCUUCAUGUCUUCAAGAAUGUGUCCUCUUUGCUUGAGAUGCCUGGACCCAAGAGGAAUAAUGGCUGA